AUGUCACCGCACAUGAGAUUCAGUACGGCCGGCGAUCCAGCUUCGCUGGCCGAAGUAUGCAAACUGGCCUGGCACACGUUCUACGGCAUGCAGAAGGCGUCCGAAGAUUUUGAAAACCUACGGUUCGAAGUCUGGACCAUCGCCAUCAGUCUCGACUCACUACACAGCGUCGGCACCACCCCCGUACUCAUCGACCGACAGCCAGACCGAGCACGGUGGGCGUUGACAUUUUCCAAGAUUCUGGCCUCGUUGGCAUCUGCUCUCCGACCUCUCCACAGUUUGGUCCGACUCUAUCUUUCCAGUCCGGCCAAAGAUCGAGCAUCCAUCAAGAAUUGGCUACUCCAUUCAGACUCUACGUUUGAGGGGCUCACCAUCCAGGACUUUCGACGGAAACUAUCCAUGCUUGUCGAGAGUCUCAACGUCUUUCUUUCAUGUCUGACCCACGCCGAACUGGCCCGAGCCAAAAAUGCCUCAGAGUCAGAAGAGUUUCGAGUCCUGUCCGAAGUCACGAGAAACGUGAUGCACAAAUGGGACCACGAAAUGGCCUCAGGCAUUCGGCGGCCGACAGAAAGACCGCCUCAACUGAUCGAGGCGCCAGGAUACGUCAAUGACGACGUCAAAAGCUACAUGAUGCCGCUGCUGAACGGGGGUGUUGCCGGUUUCGGGCUUGGGAUGCAGAGUCCCAAGGUGCAGCCGCCCACCAUACGGCAACAACAUAGCAACGAAGUUUCAUCUCCAUCUCCAUCCCAAAAAGCCACCGUGCCGAACCUGGAAGGUAUCGAACAUGGUUUCCGUAACCACAUGCACGCAAUGCGGCGGAUCCGGGAGCAGCUCCGGCAGCAGAAGAUCAACAACAACCACCUAUCGACGCAACGAUCGACCCAUUUCCCGGAAGUGUUACGAAGUGCUAACGACAAAAGUCCUGGUCUCCCCGCCCAGCUUCCACCCACGCCGAACACGCCGACGCUGCACCGUGAACUCACGGACUCAACACAAUCAUCAUCGGACUUUUCAGGUGACUACGCCGACGCCUCGAGCAACAAUGGCAGUUCGGAAGCCGACAGUGUCAUUUCCAACUACCAUCCCGAGGAGACAAAGCCGAUUUUUACGGUCCAACCACCCUCGACCUUGACCUCAGGACCUCCUCGCAAGCGGAAGAGGCAGGCCCAGUUCCGGUUCAAGACGGGGCUGGAGGACGAGCAGACACACUCGCACCUCAGCGACGGUUCGGGCUCGGGCUCGGGCUCGGGCUCAGACGAUGGCCGCGUCAGUCACUCGCAGCCCAAAACGGCGCUGCAACAGUUGUUGACUACAGUGUUGUUUUUCGACCAAUGA